AUGUCAUAUCUUCGCUGAAAUUGUUUGGUUUGGUGUAAUCAGGAGUUCGAAUACAAUACAAAAGAAGAUUCUGUUUAACUCAGGUUUGACGUUGCAAAUUAGAAGUGAUUGCAUUUGAGGUCUAUUUGUGAUUUGUUAGCGAACCGUUAUACACAGGUUUUGGAAUGAAUAGCAUUGGAGAAACUUGUAAUGAUUUAAAGAAGGAGUAUGAUGCCUGCUUCUUGACAUGGUUCUCAGAGAAGUUUUUAAAGGGUGAAACAAAUGAUGACAUGUGUGCCCCAUAUUUCAAAGUGUAUCAGGAAUGUGUGAAGAAAGCAAUUAAGGAUCAUAAUAUAGAUCUGAAGGAGAUUGAAAAAAACCAUCUUGGUUCUAAUGAAGAACAGAAGGUUCCACCACCAAAAAAUAGCUGACACAUAAUGAGGAGCCUCUGCAGUUUACUUUCUCCUUGUUCUGUUCUGCAGUGGGUGCCACAGCGUAAGAUACAAUUUGGCUGUAGCAACGAGAUUGCUGAGAGCCAAUGGCAUAGUGAUGUUACAGACGUUUGAGAUAUACAGGUUAAAUUAUAAGGAAGCUGUAUUAAUGUCUUUACCUUUCACUUUGCAGUAAAUAUUGUGUAGAAUGUUUUAGCAUUUUUGAUCAUAUACCAAUAUAUGUUUAAAAAGGCAGCGAGUUAUACAUGCAAUCAUGCCACAAAAUACUCCAUAUUGUUUUCAGUGUGAUUGUUAUGCAGAAGCAAACUCAGAACGUAAUUAUCACAAAGGAUCUCCCAAAAUAAAUUAUCUUUUUGCAGUCAGCUUUGAGAGUUAAUAUCAGAUACCUAUAAAAUUUGCUUCCGUCAUAUAGAUAUAGUCGCUUUUGCUGUUUUGUAAAUAAUAAGGGUGUAUGUGCUAUCAUCAGUAUCAAUUUUCCUAAUAAGAUGAUUUUUCUAUCAAAGCAGCAUCUGUGCACUUUUGGUCUGCUACAAAAUUCUGUUUCAUAUAUUUGUGUGCUAAUACCUCAAUACAUAGUUUUUCGUAGUCAUUUCAUAUGUAAGAAAUGGAGGUAGUAUGAUUAGACUGAAGCUGUUCCUGGUAAUGGAAACUUAUUUAUGAUAUGCAGAUGUUUACUCAUGUUGAGGAAAUGGGACCAUAAAGCUUUCUAUUAUGAACCACUGCACAUGCUGGGUUGCUUUCGGUAGCAUAUCUUCUGCUUCGGCUGUAUCUGUUUCCAACAGUCCUUUAUUAAUGUCACUGUAAUUCUGUGGGCCACAUUAAUUCAUGCAAUUUUUCUUUUAUUUAUUUUAAAUGUAUAUAAAAAGUGUUCAGUAGAAUUAGACAGUAAUUCAUUGUUACCUAGAUGUGUAGUAAUAGAUUUAUUUUUACAAAUAUAAAUAUGUAGAUGUGUAUUGCAAGUGCUUAAAAACUUUGUUUUUCCUUCUUCAAUGAGCUGUGAUAUGUAUAUAUGCUUUACACUUUCUUGGAACAGUUACACCAAAAAGAAU